AUGACAGACAACGACCAACAGCAGCAACAGCAACAAGCCCCCCUCCCACCCCUCCUCACCACGCGCCAUCGCCCGCCCUACUUCUUCAGCGACCACCAAAAGAGCCUCGCCGCCCUCUACAUCCGCCGCCUCAAGUCCGACGACGAUCGCGGAGACACCAUCCCCAUCCCCGAUCAGCGCCAGGAAGACGAGCUGGGAGGCGUCCUCUGGCACGGCAGCCAGCGCUCCAUCAAGGGCUCCCUCCUCCGCACAAUCACCAGGGGCUGGCACGUCGACCCUCCUCGCGGCCCUCGCCAGCGUCGCCGUGGACCUCUCGCAGCAGAGGCUGACGAGCGUGAGGAAGAAGACGACGAUGACGAGCAGUGGAGCGAGACGGACAGCCAGGUCGGCGACGGAAGCGAGGUAGAAGAAGAGAGCGCCGCGUCGAGCCAACACGCGAGCAUGGACCAGGACAGCGAUUGCAGCGGGCAUCAUGCCAACGCCGACGAUGCCAACAUCGAGCGCGAUGCUCAUCAAGAUGCAGUCGCGGCCAGCUCUGACCCCGCUGACGCCGACGGCGACGACGACGACGACGACGACGACGACCCGUCUUACGUCCCAUCAGACGCGGACCACGAGGCAGACCCGACAUUCCUCACCGAGGCACCUUUGCGUCCUUGCACUCCCUCGUCCUCCUCCUCAUCGGCAUCGGUGCGCUUCGUCGACGGCGACCGACUGCCUCAGUGCGCCCAACCAGGUCGGGGCUGGACACCGCCGCCGACCAUCAACCUGCUCCACGAGCGCUACUUUUCCACCGCCAUCGGCGAGGACGAUGACCGAAAGGUGGUCAAGGUGGAGGAUCCCAUCGUCGUCGAGGACAGCGACGACGAGGCGCGGCGCGAGCGAGAAAGGCUGCCGCUCAUGCACCUCGAGCCGCACCACCCGCGACAGACCAAGAGGUGGACGCGCUACCACGUCGCCAUUGCCCUCCGCGUCCCGCGUCCGCGUAUCAUUGGCGCGUCUGUCCCUUCACUCGACGGCGUCUCUGCGCAGUCGACGUCGACAUCCAAGCCUACGAGGCCCAAGUCCAAGGGCAUGUGUGACAUGCACCCUCCCACGUUCCCGACGAAGGACGAAAAGGGCGCCGAGUCCAUUGACGAGGGUCGAGACAAGUUCAAGCUCGACGACGACGAGGGUCAAAAAGGCAAGAUCAAGGCUGACGACGAGGUCGAGGAGGGCGAUAUCGCAGAGGGCCAGAUCGAAUUCGAAGCAGAAGCGAUAAAGGACGACGACGAGGGCCAGAUGGAAAUGGAAGAAGCGACGACGAACGACGCGGACCAAGACGGCAUGACUGCGCACGACGGCGAGGCAAAGAAGGACGAGGACGUCGCCGCUUCCGCCUUGGCUCCCGUGGCGGCGGCGACGACGACGACGACAGUGCCGAUCAUUGACGUCGACGCGCUCAUCGCAGAUCCCGCUGCACCGUCGUCGUCGUCAUCGUCGUCGGCGGAGCAUAAGGGAUUGGAUCACGACAUCAAGAAAGAAGGAGGGGACGAGGAGGAGGAGGAGGAGGGGUACGACUGGGAAGAUCUAGCCGAGGCGUUUGUCGUCAAGCGACGCGGGGAGAGGCCGACGAGGUGGGAGUGUCUUGACCAGAUGAGGAUCAAGUACGCCAGCGUCGAAGCCGUUUGA